AUGCCAGAUCAUUUACAUUACUUGUUUCCGCUUGCGAGCGACGAUCUGCACGCGGCCGUCACCGCCCUCGUGCCAACCCUCGAGAAGGGCAAUGCGUCGCUCGCCGAGCUCUACCGCACCUGGUCCUUCUCGGAUCGUGGCGCGUCCCGAUUGGUGGUUCGCGCGUCGACGCUGCCCGAGCUUUUGAACGGCCUGCACUCGUUUCUCAACGGGUGUCCCAAGCCUGACGUCGUCUUCGUUGCUAUGUCGGUUCCCGCGACGCCGCCGCCACUUGUCUACAUCUUCAGUGGCAUGGGCGGUCAGUGGAAUGGCAUGGGCGCAACACUCUACGAAGUGUGUCCCGUCUUUGCCUCGGCGCUAACGACCGCAGAAGACGCCCUUCUCGCCGUCUCGGGUGGCUCCCGGUUUGUGCCAGCGAUGCUCGAUCUGUCGUCUACCUCGAUGACGACCAACGCCGGUGCACAGGCAGGCAACUUUGUGCUCCAGGUGGCUCUUCUUGCCGAGCUCUCGUCGCGCCUAAUUGCGCCGUACAUGGGCGCGCUGGGUCUUUCCGCCGGCGAGCCCGCUGCUGCGUACGCCGCUGGAAGUCUCUCGCUCGGUGACGCAGCCAAAGUGGCGUGGACACGCCUCGUCAUGCAAAAUCGCGUCGCGGAGCAUAAUGGUGGCAUGCUUGCUGUCCGAGCGUCCGCGGCAACUAUCGCUCCGCUUCUGCCAGCUGAGGUUGAAGUGGCCGCGGUUCUUUCCCCACAUCUCUCGACGGUGACGGGCCCCACGCAAGCGCUCGACGCGCUCCGGACGACGCUGCCAUCGUCGAUUGUGACCAUCAACAUCCCGAUGCGAGCCGCGUACCACAGCAGCAUCAUGGAGCAAGCCAACAUCCCAGUCGACUUGGUCAUGGCCCUCCAAGAUCUGAGCCCACAGAUCUCAGCACGAGCGCGGCACUUCUCGACCGUCACGGGCGACGAAAUGUUCACGCCAGUGAAUGCGGCGUACUGGUAUGCGAGUGUCCGUCAGCCCGUUUUGUUUCAGAGUGCCGUUGAGUCAGCGCUGCGCGCCGGUGGCGCCGUCUUUGUCGAGCUCGGGCCGCACUCGUCGGUCGCGCGUGCGAUCGACUGCAUUGCUGGUGCGUCGGCGUCGUCGGUGCCAAGCAUGCUCCGGGGCACAAACGAGCUCUUGCAGCUGGACCGCGCAACCAUUCAUCUCUAUCUUCACGGCCACGCGAUCCAGUGGCGCUACGCCGAGGCAUGCGUGCCCAGCGUGACGACGGAACAGGCAGUAGCACCUCUCGGCGAUGGAACACACCGUGUGGUCCCACUUGCUGCUUAA